AUGGACGCCGGAAGCAAUAUCGGGGCAGCAUUUCUCCCCAACCCCACUGGACGGCACUUACAUGGCCACGUUGCUGCGCACCCAGCGGUAGAUUCCAUGUUAAGUCAGUUUGCAGGACUUUCCUUGGGAGGGCUGGGGAUUCCUAGCAACACCGGACCAAUGCCCAUGGGUGCUGGUCCCGCUUAUGUCCUCGGACCAGACGGUCAAUAUGUUCUUGCUCCAAUGAAUCAUCAACCUCUUGGCAUGAACCAUGGAAACGAGAACCCAUAUUCAGGCUUUGGAAUUCCUGCCGGCACCUACGGUUCUCCAUACGUUGGUCUUCCCAUGCCUUUAAUGCCUUACACCCCCGGAAGACCAAAUGUUGCCCAGCCUCGGGUAGACCGUGGUCCUUCAGAGGUGCCAGGCCUGGAGAACCGCCGUGGAUCUUAUUCCACCACUGAAUCGACUCCCGCCACUCCCUUCUAUGGAACAGUUUCGCAGCGUGAUGUUGGACCCCGGGUUGCGAGUCUCGAUCGAUCAGCUUACACCACCCCUUCUCCGCAGCAGUUGGGACUCCCAGCCCUUCAGACUGACAUCACCAAGCCUGCCAUUGCGGUUGUGCCGGAUCGUACAAUCGAUGAUUUUCUGAAGCAGGACCCUGCUGUCCCAAGGGCUGUCCCUGCGGUUUUCACACCACCGAGCCAGAUGAAGAGUCUUGAACAAAGUCUCGAAAAUCGAAUUCCAGGAAACCGAAAUGUCUACAUUCGUGGACUUCAUCCAACCACGGAUGACGAACUUCUCUACAAAUUUGCAUCACGCUUCGGACCUGUCGAGACUUCCAAAGCUAUUAUCGACACCGGAACGGGAGCUUGCAAAGGGUUCGGCUUCGCCAAGUUUUUCGAUGUCCAGGACUCAGAAAUGUGUAUUCGUGGAUUCCAUCGGCUUGGCUACGAGGUUGGCUUUGCGAGAGAAUCCUUUAAUUCGCGGCUCAAGGCUGAGGGAGAUGAAGGCUCUACGAACUUGUAUAUAUCCAAUUUGCCAAAGACCUUGACCGAAGUUGAACUUGGUGCAAUCUUCAUGGGCUGCACUAUUCUUUCAAGCAAAAUUCUCCGCGACAGCAUGGGAAACAGUCGCGGCGUUGGAUUUGCUAGAUUUGAAAGUCGAGAAAUCUGCGAUGAAAUUAUCAGAAAGUACAACGGUUUGGGUGUCGGUGAGGAGGGACUUCUGAUGAACAUUCGUUAUGCCGAUACACCGUCUCAGAAGGAGCUUAAACGAGUAACGGCUGAACGGCGACAAUUUCGUACAAACGAAUACAAUAUUGGGGCUUACGGUACACCCCUUGUGGGAAUGAGCCCUACGCUUUAUAAUCAGCAGUCUCAGUGGCGUCGCGCCCUUCCGGUUUCUCGGAGUGGACUUUCUGCUUCGUCAAACGAGGAUGGCAAUGCAAUGAAGCACUCGGGGACCCGACGUGGAUUAUCCGAGAUCGCUACGACCGCGAAUGUAAACGUGACAGCUCCUGCAUCCAUGUCUUCGGACAGUGAUGAAAGUGUAACGGUUCACGCAGACGCAACUGCCGUCGUGGCCGUCACCAAUGGGAAAAGAUCACCUUCUCCAACUGGCACUCAACGAAAUGAGAAGUAA